AAAGAUGAAAACGCUUUAACUACUGCUUGUAGUACUAGAGGACAUAUAACAACGACAAGAAAAGAACUUUUCAGAACUGCUUGCACAAACUUCAAGCAAAGAGCUGGGCCUAGUUAUGGGCAGAAAUCAGAGAGGGAAAGGAAGACUUCACUGAGCAGGAAGUGAUCAGAAAACCAAAGGAAGAAUGGAGUCGACAAAGGAAUCUCAUGAUCAUGUUCUUUUGGAUAUUCCUGUCACUAGAGAGCUGAUGAAUCACUAUCGAGCUGCAGCUGAAACUGCUCAGAGUGAACUUGCAGCACUUUCAGUGAAGUAUGAUUUUGCCCAGUCAGAGCUUCUUGAACUCAGGUCCAGAAUGGUCUCUAAGGAAGCCUCUUUUCAAGAGCUGAAGGCUGAAGCUGAAAGCUUCAAGGAAAACAAUGCUAGACAGAUGUCUCACCUCCUGUCUUUGCAAAACCGAAUUCAGGAGAUGGAGGAAGAGGCGUCUGUGCUCACCACUUCUAAAAACCAGUCUGAGCUGACAGCUCGGGUGGCAUUCAAGGAAAACUGGGAACUGAAGGAGGAGCUUCAUGAGCAAAAUACUAAACUUAAUAAAUAUUUGAGUAAGUGCGAAGAAAGCAUGACUCAAGCUUCUAAAAUCAGCAGAAAGUAUGAAGAGCUCCUUACACAGCUUUCUGGAUUCUUGAACACAGACAUCAGAGAAAAAGAGAAACCACAGGAACAUUUAAUGUCAAAGGUCUCUGAAAUAUGUAAAGAAAAUCUGACACUUAAAGACCAGGUUGCUACUCUUCAAGAAGCUAUCAAUGUCCAUGAAAUGGAGUCUAAGGCUAGUAGAGAAACUAUCAUGAGGCUUGUUUCAGAAGUGACCAAGGAGCAGAAAAAGGCAGCAGGAUACUAUCAAGACAUGGAAAAACUUAGUAAGGAUCUUGACAGCGCUGUAACAGGGAGACAGAGUUUGGAGAUGGACAUCAGAAACCUCCAAGAUAAACUGACUGCUAACCAGAAAGUUUUGAAUGCCUCAAAACAGGAACUACACGAUCUGAAGAAAUCUUCCACUGAGCUGGAUGGAAACUUGAAAAGCAGCAGAGAAGAGGCCAGGACUGCUCAGAGCUCUUUAGUGACUUUUAAAGAGCAAAUUGCUACCCUACUCAGCGAUGGAUCUGCAAUAGUUAAACCUUCUGAGAAAGACAUUUUGGAGAGGAUCCAAGAAAUAAAUUGCAAAGAGGAGAAUAAAGAAAUAGUGGUAUCUCAGCUUGAAACUCAAAUAGCUAAAUUGACUGCAGCUUUGGAAAAUCAGACCGGAUUGUACCAAGAAGCUCUGGAGAGGAGCAGGGAAGCUGAAAAAUGUUCUGAGGUUUUUCAGGAUCAACUGAAACACUUGGAAGAAGAAUUACUGUCUGUAGAUCUGAUGCAAGAUGGUUGGAAGCUUGAGAAACAAAAAUAUCUGAAAUUUCUGGAGCAACUUAAUGAGAAGAUGAAGCUGGAUAGCCUAGCAGCAGAGGUUGGAUUUGAUAUGAAUAUGGAUGCAAUUCUAUCUCGAGUAGAGCAGUUAGUGAAGCUGGAAGGUGAUGCAGUGAUUGAAAACAAAACUAUGGCAUAUAGCCUAAGAAGGAAGUUGAAGACUCAGAAGGAAAAACUUGAAAGCAGAGAGCUGCACAUGAACCUCCUGCGGCAGAAAAUAAUGCAGCUGGAAGAAGAGAAACAAGUAAGGACUGCAUUAGCUAUGGAGAGGGAUGAGGCCAAUCUCACUGUCAGAAAGUUGCAUAAGAUGAUAGAGAGGUUACAGAAGCAGCUUGAUCUGGCAAGGGAAAUGAAUACUGGCCUCAAAUCCAAGCUGUCUGAAACCAAUGAACUUAAGAUCAAAACCUUGGAGCAGGACAGAACUAUAGAAGAACUCAGUAAGUCUCAAGGCAAAUUGGAAAGAAUGAAAGAAAAGGCUGAGAAACAACUUAUCUCUGUCAAAUCAGAACUUCUCUUAAAGGAGCGUAAAGCUACUGAAGAUAAAGAGAAAAACAAAAAUAUGUUAGAAGCAGUUACCAGUGAGAUGAAGGUGCUUAAAACAACCCUUGCAGAAUUAGCAAAAAGAGAGAGACAGCUGGCAGAUUUCCGAGAGGUGGUCUCACGGAUGCUGGGCCUCAACAUUGCUAGCCUGGCUCUUCCUGACUAUGAAAUCAUUACACGUCUUGAAGGGUUGAUUCACUCUCAUCAGCACCACUACUUCCCCUGUGUCUGCCUCAAAGAAGUGGCAAGGGCACCAGAGGAGCACUCACAAAGAAAUGUACAGUUUCUUCACUGAAACACAGGUUUUAUAAGGAGACAAAACAAAGUAAAAUUUUCCCUUGUGCUUCCCUACCUGCUAGAUGUCCAUAGAAAGCAGAUUUUUAUUUCUGUUCCCUACUCUGGACAUACUGACUUGGGCUGAUUUUUAGUGUUUCAGCAGGGAGACAACUGAAUGGAUAAAGCCAGCAGCCUAGAAAUAGCAAAGGGAAAAUCCCUGGGCAACGUAAUACUUCUGCUAUGAAAAUAACAGUCAAUAUGUGAACAAUGUAUAGCCCUCCAGUUUCACUGCAGAUGCAUUGAAGGCAUGGGCCACCCGAGGUCAGUUCACAGUUCUGGGAAGUACUCGCUAUUGAAUGUCAGAUUCAGUGACAUUCCGUGUGCUUUUUAUCUCUGGGUGAUGGAUGAAAUAAAGUGGUAGUUGUCCUGCUGCUGUUCUUGCAAAAUGAGACCUCUCUCUGCAUUUUUACAUAUAAGGACUUCAGCUCCAAGAUUGGAAGUUAGACAGAGGACUAUCACAAUUUUGGGACAAGGGAUUUUUUUCUUAUGUUGUUUCCUUAGUCUGCUCUUGUGCCAAAACAAAGUUACACUUUUUCAGCAAAGGCUCUUUCACAGAGUCCAGUCAUGUGCCUGAUGUAGAUCUAUUUGGUAAAAUUGCAUGUUGCCCUUGGUCAUGAUACCUUGAAAAUUUUUCUUCUAGCUUCUGUAUUCCUUGGGCAAUUAAUCCAUAGGUCAAAUAGUGGCAGUUCUUUUGAGUUAAUAAAAAGUUAUUUUAAAAUGCUUAUGCACUACAGAAAAUAGUUGAAUUACUAGUCUUUAUUUUCAGAAAAGCAAUGACAAGGUAUCCAGAACUACCUGUUAAUCAUAAAAGCUGCUUGUCUAUCACCCUUUCUGAGUGUGAUUAAACUUCUUGAUUUUUUAAAAGAAAUUUGAACAAUAAAUCU